AUGCAAACAGCUGCACUCCGUUACGAGCUUGCAGAUCAACAUACAUACCGCUUCCUCCAGGGUGUCGUACCUUGGUCAUUAGUUCCAGGACUCGAGUCACUUUCUGAUCAGUCAGCUGAGCACUACGCAUACUACAACGUUGGCGCAGGGGCUGCUUCUAGCAUUGCAAUAGCACUAGACCAACUGGAAGCCUACAUAGCUUUGGAAGGGCCCUUUGAUGGUGUAUUGGGGUUUUCACAAGGAGCAGGUUUGGCUAUUAUGCUACUAGUGCGCAGAUAUCACGGAGAUCCUGUGGCACCUCCUCCAUUUAAGUGUGCUAUUUUGUUUUCGCCGGUUUCAGUUUACGAUCCUGUGGCAUACGAGAAAAGAGGUCAAGUCAGGCUCUUGGAUGGUACCCUCGAUGGCAAGUACAGCAUCACGAUACCUACUGCCAUCAUAUACGGAAAGGAAGACAGCAGGAAGCAGGAGUGCGAGGGUCUACUUUCUUCGUGUGAUCCAACGAAACGGUCCGUUCUAAUUCAUGAAGGGAAUCAUGAAAUUCCUGGGAUUGGUCUUCGUUCUGAACUAGCCGGGACAGUAAACAUGGUUCGACGAGCCAUCUACCAGGCAGAGCUUCAAAGUAGCACAGAAUAA